UGUUACCUUGUUCAAUAAAUGUCAUCGAUGAUAGAAACAGCAAGAACAGACAACCGAGGAAUAACAAAAGAAACAAGUUUAGAUCCCGUGGAUAAACGUAUUUAUAUUGGUGGUUUGCACCCUUCAAUAACAGAAGAUCAGAUCGUGGAACGAUUUGGAAAGUUUGGAACUGUUAGUAAUGUUGAUAUAGCAAAAAAUGUUGAAAACGAAUGUAGAGGCUUCGCUCAUAUGACCAUCCAUACGACACCCAAACAGUGGGAACAAUGCAUAAGUGUUUACAAUAAUGCAAAAUGGAAAGGACAUAUAUUGAAGUUAGAAGAGGCUCAAAUGGAUUGGCAAGAACGUAAACGACUACGUGACGAAAAAUUUGCAGAAAAAGAAGAAAAGAAACGUAAAAGGCUACUUCGUUGGAAUGAUAGUGAUGGUUUCCAUGCGAAAGAUAUGACUCCCGUUACAGAUAAUAAUGUUGGUACGCGGAAAGGAUGGAAAAGAGGGAGAUAUGGUCGAGCCAUUGCUGUUAUGCGUCUGAUGAAAGAAGAUGGAACUAAGUUUGUUUUUGAUCCUUCGCACUAUAAAAACAAUUUGACCAAACUGUUCAAUAUCGGUGUUCGUAUGAAAUCUGUCAAUAAGCUGAUCACAAAAGUUGAUGAUGAAAACUCAGAUGAUGACGAUGAUGACGAUUGGCUAAUACAGCAGCAACAAACUGUUCAACAAAAUGAUCAGAAUGACAGUGAUGCAACUGAGAAUGUUGAAUUGGUAGAAGAUCAGCAGCUCUCCAAACAAGCUACAUCAACCAAAAUUCUUUUUGAUACCGACGUAAAUAAUACCCAAUCUAUAGAUGACGAUGAUAUCGCAAACGAAGAGAAUACUAGGAAAGAGCCAAUUGAAAUGAAGAAAUGGAUGUUUGAUUCUGAAGAUGAAGAUGAGGAUGACAAUGACGACUAUGAGUUGAAAAUCAACCCUGUUUUUGAAGGAGAAGUGGGUCGCAAAAGAUUAGAGCUACAAAAGGGCUUCGGUGGUGACGAGCGUUUCAAACUAAGCGAAGACUUUAUAGACGAAGAGGAGGAAAGAAAAAAAGCACAGAAAUUGAAAGAGGAUUUGGGAGACGAGAUAUCUCAGGAAUUGGGAGCGGAAAAGAAUCAAGCUUUGGAUGUGUUACGUUCUAUGUUUGGUGAGGAAAAGGUGGAUAUGAAGCUUGCACCACAGAGUAGUGCAUGGCAAACUACUGCACGGUAUGAUCCCGAUGCAGAAGAUUCUACACAAUACCUUAUGGAGAGUAAGCAAACAGUUGAGGACGAAAAUAUGGAAGAAGAAGAAGAAGAAGAAGAAGAAGAAGAUAGUGAUGAUUUGUUCGAGCAAUCAAGAAAACCAAAAUCUGCCUUACCAAUUGUAUCCACAGAUAAGCAUUUUGAAGUGAACACUAAUUUGAAGCCAUUGUUUGGUGGAGCCGAAGAGGCACCAUUUACGUUGUUUGGUGACAGUAACGAUAAUGAGAAGCCCACUGAAACAAAAACACUAUUGAGCAAGCAUGAAAAAGAGGAGUCUAUACCCUCAUUCAUGCCGAAGCAGGCUCCUGGUAAGCUUGGUCUUGGUGUUUUUUUCUUCUUCCACUUUGACGACCCAGCUUUGUUGAAAAGGAGCUGCUUUGCUUAUGAUAAAGAUGGUAUUUUCCAAGCGAAGGUUGACGAAGAGGAUAGUUACGAAAACAAAUGGCGAACUCAACGACCAGUAAUUAAAGAAAUAUUGAAGAAACGUCAAAAGAAAGCUAUCAAAAAUUUGAAAAGACGAACAAAGAAGGAUUUCUCAUUCUAAAUUGAUGUUUACUCCCAUUCGUUGUUUUAUUUCAACCUAACAUUUGUACAAUAGCUAUUUAUAUUUAUACUGUUUCGCUAUCGAUAAUAAAAGUAGAGCUUUAAGCUGAGCAACUGAUUAGGAUUGCUCUCAUCACUACU